CGUUUUGCUGACUUUAUUUUCGUACCACCUGGCGCUCCGUAGCCUGAGAGGCGUUGACAGCAGAUUGUUUUGGUAGAAAUCAGCGUUUUACCUCCCGACAGUAGCUUUUAUCACACAUCUUGUGUUUCUCAGGGAGAGUAAGGGACACAGUGACGGGCUGCAGCCGGAGGAGAGGCGCCUUCAGACGGACACAAGCGCAGGUGACUGCGGUCAGGCAGCAUGAGCUCUAAAGGAGGCGGCACAGCUCUGACCCGCCGCAACUACAGACUGUCAUCAGACACCGACAAACCCAGAUCUACAGGUAUCGUGAAUGAGAAGCUGCUGAGCGACUACCUGCAUCAUGUGUUUCCUUCCACCAAGCAGGGACCUGCGCUGGCCUCCCUCAGGAAGCCUCUGGGUUUCCAGGAUCUCGGUGCUCACCUGGAAAGAUUGUUGUCAGAGGGAGAACCUGCUGAGGAGAGUCGAGAUCAGCCCGUUGAAGGUCGUCUGGGCCCUCAGCCCGUCGUCCUGGAUCACACCAGCGGCUUCGAAGGACUUCUGUUUGUAGACGACGAUCUACUGGGGGUGAUCGGCCACAGCAACUUCAGCUCCAUCAGAGCCACCACGUGUGUUUAUAAAGGGAAAUGGGCCUACGAGGUUCUGAUCUCCUCCCAGGGACUGAUGCAGAUCGGCUGGUGUACUCUCAACUGUCGCUUCAACCAGGAGGAGGGUGUGGGCGACACUCCUGAUUCGUACGCUUACGAUGGAAACAGAGUGAGGAAGUGGAACGUGACGACCACCAACUAUGGAAAGUCGUGGGCGGCCGGAGACAUCGUCAGCUGUCUGAUAGACCUGGACGAGGGAACCAUCACGUUCUGUCUUAACGGCCAGUCUCUGGGAACAGCCUUCACCAACAUUAAGACGGGUCCGGGCGUCGCUUACUUUCCCGCCAUCAGCCUCUCCUUCAAAGAGUCGGUGGCUUUCAACUUUGGCAGCAGACCUCUCAGGUACCCCGUGGAGGGCUACCUGCCCCUCCAGAACCCGCCGACGGCAGACUUGAUGAAAGCGCACAAACUGCUGGGAUACAUCAAGAACGUCCUCGCCACCGCCAUCGAUACUCAGGAGGAGAAGCUGCUGGAGAAAGACUGUGCAGUGUGGAGGCUUCAUGGAGAACCAACAGUCCUGGUCACUCUGGCUCACAUCUUCAACCACUUCGCUCCUCUCAUGUGUAAAGUUUACCUGGUGGAGGACGUGCUGAUGGACUUCCUGUUGGGGAUUCUGGAGGGAGGAGGGUCAGUAGAUGAACAUCCGCUCAUCCAGCAGCUCCUGGACCUCUUCUGGCUCCUCAUGGAGGACUACGAGGUGAACGAGUGUCUGAAGCAGCUGAUGAUGUCCCUGCUGAGGGCGUACCGUUUCUCCCCCAUCAUCCCCGACCUCGGCUUCCAGAUCCACUACCUGCGUCUGACCACGGCCAUCCUGCGUCAUGAGAAGUCCAGGAAAUACCUGCUGAGCAACGUCUUGUUCGAUGUUCUUCGCUCGGUCGUGUUUUUUUACGUGAAGACUCCUCUGAGAGUGAAGGAGGCGGGGCUAGAGGAGCUCAUCCCGACCACCUGGUGGCCGACGCACUUCGACAAGGAGGGGAAAGACGAGCGGGAGCCCAAAGAGGAAAGUGCAGACGAGCGACUGAGACGUCGAGCCUACGAGAGAGGCUGCCAGAGGCUCAAGAAGAGGAUCGAAGUGGUGGAAGAGCUGCAGGUCCAGAUCCUGAGGCUGCUGCUCAACAACAAGGACAAAACUACAGGGGAAGCUUCUCGAUACAUCUUCCUGAAUAAGUUCAGGAAGUUUCUCCAAGAAAACGCCAGCAACAGAGGGCACCCCACAGCGCUGUGCCCUCCUGAGUACAUGGUGUGUUUCCUCCACCGGCUCAUCACGGCGGUGAGGUCGUGCUGGGACGAAGGCAACAGGAAGAGUCCCGGCAGCAUCAGCAGUGAAGACGCCUACGUCCCUCCGCAGCUCUUCUAUAACGGGAAGGUGGAUUACUUUGACCUGCAGCGGCUGGGCGGACUCCUCUCACACCUGAAGAAGACUCUCAAAGAUGACCUGGCCAGUAAAGCCAACAUCAUCAUCGACCCUGCAGAGAUCCAGACCACCUCCAUGGACGACUUAGACGAGGACGAGGAGAGCGGAGCAGCACAGAGGCCGUUCGGUGCAGCGGCGAUGGGCGGAGCUCUGGCGAGGCCCAGCUGGUUGAGUUCUCCCACUCUGGGUCGAGCCAACCGGUUCCUCAGCACGGCGGCCGUCAGUCUCAUGACCCCCAGACGACCCCUCACUCAGCCCGAGAAAGUGAAAGUCCGCACCCUGGCUGUGGAGCAGAGGACUGAGGAGGACAUCGAGGGAAGCCAUGGCAACGACGGCCUGUUGCUUGGGCGACCGCUGGAAGAGCCGGAUCAGCCCAUCGCUGAUAAGUCCCUGCUGGAGAUCGUCGAUGGGAUUGUGAUGAUGUACAACCUGAGUGUUCAUCAGCAGCUGGGAAAGAUGGUGGUGGUUUCGGAUGACGUGCAUGAAUACGCCGUGGCGUUGAAGGACACGGAGGAGAAGAUCGCACGCUGCCCCGCCAGAAGAGCCGACAUCCUGGAGGAGCUCCAGAAGAGCCAGAAGGUGUUUGCAGAGAAGCUGAACCACCUGAGCAGGAGACUGGCCUGGAUCAACGCCACCAUCUACUCCAAGGAGAAGAUGUUGGACGUGUACUGGCUGCUGUGUGUGUGCAUUCGGACCAUCGAACACGCCGACAACACGGGCUCGUUGUUCGCCUUCGCUCCAGAGUUCUACCUCAACGUGGCCAUGAACGCGUACAGCGCCCUGAAGAACUACUUCAGCCCCGCCAACAGCAUGGAGGAGCUGCCAGGAUAUGAAGAAACCUUGACUCAACUAGCUGCUAUCCUUGCUAAGCACUUUGCAGAUCCACGUAUAGUCGGAACAGAUAUCAAAGACUCUCUGAUGCAGGCUCUGGCCAGCUAUGUCUGCUACCCACAAUCCCUGCGGGCGGUUGAGAGGAUCCCCGAGGAACAACGUGUUGCUAUGAUGAGGAAUCUGCUGGCUCCGUAUGAACAGAGACCCUGGGCGCAGACCAACUGGAUCCUGGUCCGACUGUGGAGGGGUUGUGGUUUCGGCUACAGAUACACUCGCCUGCCUCACCUCCUGAAAACCAAACCCGAGGAUGCGAACCUGCCCAGUCUGCAGAAGCCGUGUCCGUCGCUGCUGCUGCAGAGACACAUGGCCGAGCUGCUGAGCAUGGACAAAGACAUGGCCGCCUCGUUCCUCAACAGCGUCCUGAACCAGCUCAACUGGGCCUUCUCCGAGUUCAUCGGCAUGAUCCAAGAGAUCCAGCAGGCAGCCGAGCGUCCAGAGAGGAACUUUGUGGACACUCGUCAGCUGAAGGUGUGUGCGACGUGCUUCGACCUGUCGGUCAGUCUGCUGCGUGUGCUGGAGAUGACCGUCACUCUGGUUCCAGAGAUCUUCCUGGACUGGUCGAGGCCGUCUGCAGAGCUGCUGCUCAGACGACUGGCUCAGCUGCUGAACCAAGUUUUAAACAGAGUGACAGCAGAGAAGAACCUGUUUGAUCGAGUCGUCAACCUGAGACUGCCAGGUCUGGAGAGUGUGGACCACUACCCCAUCCUGGUCGCUGUUACUGGCAUCCUGGUUCGAAUCCUGGUGGACGGAGACAGACAGGGGGUCUCUCGGGCUGCGUCCGUCCUGCUCUCGGACCCUUGCUUCCAGCUGCACUCCAUCCAGCACCUGUUGGGGGAGGGAGGAGGAGGGGAGGCCUCCGGCUCGGCGGCCGUGCUCACCUCCACCGCCGCCGCCGCCGCCCGUCCGGUCGUGGGGUCUCUCGGGUCGUCCGUGGCCUCGCCGAUCCCCUCGGCCCCCGGAGCCGCCGGCCCUGCGGAGCGCAAACACUUCUCUCUGCACGCAUACACGGACUACAUCAGCGAGGAGGAGAAGCAGAAGGUGGAGCUGAUGUUGGCGUUUCUGACAGAAGAAUCCAAACAGGCAGCAGCCAGCACAGCUCCAACCAGUGAAGAAGACCUCUGCCCCAUCUGCUACGCUCACUCCAUCUCCGCCAUUUUCAAGCCUUGUUCCCACAAGUCCUGCAAAGCCUGCAUCAACCAACACCUGAUGAACAACAAGGACUGUUUCUUCUGCAAAGCCACCAUCACCGGCGUGGAAGACUACAGCAAGCCGGCCAGCUCCUAACACAGCACCACCACCACCACGGGACACGCACACACACACACACACACGCAUACACACACACACAUGCACACACACACACACACACGCACACACACGCACACAAACACACACACACAUAUAUAUAUUAGCUGUAAAGGAAAACAGCGACAGGCGGCCCGUCGUGCUCAGACAUCAGACCACAUAUCAGAAUCCAAAGAUUCCUCUCAGAGGUUCCGUUGUUCAGAUUAUUCUCAACAACCGGCUUUAAUCAACACAACUCUCUCUCUCUCUCUUUCUCAACACGGGCGAGCAAAUGAGCUUAAUCUAAAGUUUGACUUUACAAAAGGAAGAAGAAGAGACGCAGCAGCAUCUGUGGCAGAUAUUUACCUGUUUAUUGUUUAGUUAGAUUCUCAUCUUCUUCAGGUCACUUUUCUCUCCUGACUUGUUGAGACAGUUUGUAGUUUGUAGUGUUGGAACAGACACACAGUUGUGUUAUAAAUAGAGGUGGUGUUACAGUGUUUCACAUUGCUUGUAUACUAGGCUGUAAAAAAAGACAGAUGACAGGACGCUGGACACUUCUAUCCUUGUGAGGACCUUCACUGACAUCAUGCAUUUCCUAUGAGAUAUUAUAACCCCCAUUUAAAUGAAAGCUUCUUGUCUGUAUGAGACAGAUGUGUG